ACUCAGGUCUACGGCACCCAGUCAUCCAAUCACAACCUCCGAUGGCGAAGCGUCCUAUUCAGCCAUGUUGUGGUUUUGAAUGAGGAAGAAGCGGGAGAUAAUAUUUUACAACGAGUUUAUAUGCUUUUUAAAGUCACGUAUGUGAUAUAUAAAUGAGUUAGGGUGUUACUCAAAAUGAUAACCGUUUUUCCGAACGCGUCGGUUGCGACUUGCCACAAUCCUGCUGGAAUUUAAACACACUUCCAUAAAUUAGCCCCGUCGUAGCAGCCUUAGCUAGCGAGGUAACGUUAGUUAGCAUAGUGUGCUAGCUUGGCAACCAGCUAAUUCUCAACUGUGGCGAACGGGCAGCGCGUUUCGUGGGGCUUUGUAAAAUGAUAACGAUGAGUGUUAGCCCUUGAAAAAGCCUCAGCUAACCUACCUCAUUCGAAUGAAGCGCACUGGCUUCCCUCGGUUAGACUAUAUUGACAGGUAACGUUAGACUUACAGUAGCUAACGUUACCGCGAUUUCUCUUCAAACCAGCGGCGGUUAUUUCUAAAAGUUUUGAGCCAUGUUGAAUCAUAUCUACGAGUGGAUAGGAACAGGCAUUGCCAAUCUUCGCAACGGGGAACCAGCUGUGGAGGACUCCGGUGAACACCGGGUGCAGGGCGAUGUUCCGUUAAGGAGGAAAAGAGCAAUUGGAUGUUUGGAAGAUCGGCAUAACAGCGACCAAGAUGGAUCAGUUGUAAAGAAAUCUCGAAUGGAAGAUUUUAUUGACACAGUCAAGGUUGCAGCGGAAGGGGUAAAGAGUCACAGCUCCAGUGUGGCUUCGUGGAUGAGAAACAGUGUGAGCCCUACCUUGAGCAACAUGCUGCCGGCCUUUCCAGGUCCUCCACCUGGACACGCCCAGCCAGAGCCCUCAACAUCCGCAGCAGGAGUCUGGGCCGAGACGCCGCGUGCUGAAAGGAACUGUCUCAAUGAGACGUUUGCUGCCCCAUCGACAACUUUGGAGUGGAAAACAAAAUCGGAAUGGUCACGCAAUGAGAGGAACAUUAUGGGAUCAAAAGUCUGCAGGCGAAAAGUGUGCAUGAGUCCUACACAUCGCAAAGUGCCAAAGGUAAACGGGCAUUCAGUCAUCUUACCACCCUCAAUCACCCCAAAGGUGCACCCAUCUCCACGGCUAGGCAGGCCGCUACACCUUCGACCAAAUGCAACACCAAGUUAUAGCGGCGUGGCAAAUAGCUCCUGCCAUACUAUGUAUGAGAAAAUAUUUCCCAUUAAAGUGGUGCAGAGCCCCACUCACAGCAACUCAUCUGGGCAAAUGCACAAUGCCAGGCCCCGCUGCACAGCACAGCAGUCUGUUUGUGAAGACGAGAAGGAGGUCUACAGGCAGCUUCUGGCCAUGGUCUCUGGGGGUCAGUCAUCUUCCCUUCACAACGGCAGCUCACACGCCAUUGUGAGGUCCCACAGAGAUUUUACCAGCUUCCUGACUACCAGCCGCAGACUGCUACAGCUCUCCUCCCCUACCAGGUCAGCAGUAGGUGAAACCUCAGAGGGACCCAGCAGCCCCCCCAGCCCCACAGGGAUGUCCAGCCAGAGCCUCAGCAACCUCCCCAGCCCAGUUUGGAAUUCUAGUAGACCCGAGAUCCAGUCAUGGUCUCUGGACACAGAACCCGGUUCCAGCACAGCAGCUACGCUCUUAGCAGCUCCCUCCCCAUCAGCUCUUUUGGAUAACUCUUCUCAGGACACACAAUCGUCAGCGCAUGAUGGUGACUCUGUUAUUAUUAUUAACGAGCAAAAGAGCAAAAAUGAAGGCCGCUCGAGUGUGCCAUGUUUCCAAGCAGAGUUAUGGAUCAAAGAAUUGACAAGUAUGUAUGACUCCCGGGCAAGAGAAAGACGGAGACAGAUUGACGAGCAGGUGGCUUUGGCCUCGCUGCUGCUGCAACAGCGCCUGUCUGAUGAGUCACAGCGCAGUCCAGAUGUGGAGGUCCAUGUCAGGGUUCCUUUGGAGAAAGAGGUUCCUUUGACUCGGGUGAUAGAAGAGCAAAAGCCUUUAGAAGAGAAGCCCGAAUUCCCCGAACUCACAGAGGAAAUGGAGGCUGAGGUGAACAGGGUGCUAAGAGGAGCUAACCAUGAAGUAUUAAGUGAAGGUUUUGGUCUCAGCCUUACACGCAAAGACCUGCAGACCCUCAGCAACCUCAACUGGCUCAAUGAUGAGGUGAUCAACUUUUACAUGAACCUGCUGGUGGAGCGCAGCAAGGACCCCGGCUUGCCAUCAGUCAAUACGUUCAACACUUUUUUCUAUCCCAAGCUGCGCAGCAGCGGCUACUCUGCUGUCCGCCGCUGGACCAAAAAGAUGGACAUAUUUUCUAAAGACAUCCUGCUGGUCCCCGUCCACUUGGGGGUGCACUGGUGCCUCUCAGUGGUGGAUUUCCGCAAAAAGGCUGUAAUUUACUUUGAUUCCAUGGGAGGAAACAAUGAUGAAGCAUGCAGAAUAUUGUUUGACUACCUGCAACAGGAAAGUAAGGACAAGAAGGGAAAAGUAAUGGAUACUAUAGGCUGGAGUCUGCACAGCAAAAAGCGCAAUCAAAUCCCACAGCAAAUGAAUGGUAGCGACUGUGGAAUGUUCACAUGCAAAUAUGCUGAUUACUUUACCAAAGACAAGCCAAUCACAUUCACACAGAACCACAUGCCCUACUUCAGGAGACGGAUGGUUUGGGAGAUUCUGCACCAUAAGCUGUUGUAACGCCAAGCACUGCCUCCCAUGCCUCGACUGCCCUUUUGGAAGUUUCAUGGGUGGAGCAGCUGAAACACUGCAUGUUUUGUAUUGACUAGCCAGAACUGUUAUUUUGAAAUCUGACUUAUAAACCAUACUCUGGGCUGCAAUGUUUGGUGCUGAUGUACCAGGUUUACAAUUUUUUUUUUUUGUCUGGAAGGAAGAAGAGCGCAUUUCCGACAGUAAUUCUACUUUUUGGGAGUUCCUGUCGAGGUUUGAUACACUUGGUACGAAAAUAAACAUUACCAUGAAAGCUGAAGUAUGAAUGGCUUCUAAAAAUUGCAUUUUUCAUGGAAUUAGUGUCUUAAUAUUUAGGCACAAUUUGUUUUGAUUUACCUUUAUUUUGACGAAAAAAAAACGAACAUUUCACCUAAAACAAAUAUUUUUGUAAUUUGAUUAACAGUCCCAAAACUUCAAGCAUUGCCUCAGAAUAUGUUUUCUAAAGGAAAUAGGAAGUCUUAUCGUGCCACGUACAUACGAGUGUGAUAAAGUGAUCUUUGUCUCAUUCUACAAACAGCAGGGUAAAAUUCAACAUGCGUUACUCUUGAUAAAAGAUUGUAAAUUAAGUCUAUUUUAUGUAUUUCAGAGUAUUUUCUUUUGUUGUUGCAACUUUUUGGGAAUAUUCAAUAUAUUUUUAACUUUGUACAUACUAAAACGUAUACAGCCUCAUUAAAUAGUGUAAUAUACUUUUUCUUUAUAGAAUUUCUGUUUUUUUUUUAUAUAAAUUGAAGUCUGUUUUAGAAAUACAUUCAUGUAUUGUGACUGUUAUCUGUAUUACC